AUGAACGACCCCGGCCUCGACGAGCCAGCAGGCGCAGCAGCGCAAGAUGUUAAUGACACAGUCCACGACGAGGACGAGCAAGCCGAGCAGGAAGAGCGGGAAUAUCUCGAUCCAAGUUAUGUCGCUCAGUACAUCGACAUCACUUUGCGAACAUUCGGCCCCAUCGCCAACGGCUUCUCCAUCUGCGCUCUCGUUGAAAAAUGGAGAGUAUACAUCCCGCCUGGAAGCGACGAGGGACACGGCUCGAAGAUUACGGAUCCGAAAUGGCUUAUCGCGGUCAACUCGGUCUCGCUCGUCUUCGCCUUGAGCGCCAACAUCAGUUUGCUGCUCAACAUGUCAAGACGACUAACGUUUGAGAUUGCGCAACCUAUUACCAUUAUCGGCUUCUAUCUGGCUGGUUUCCUUUUGAUGGCGCUCGUGGGGGUCGCUUCGUCAUCUGUGUUCCGGAUUCAGCCUAUGGAAGAACAUGCUCUAAGCCAAGCUUAUUACUACGCUAUCAUCGCUGCAGGUAUCUACUUCAUUAUCGCCUCUCUUAUGGCCUUUACUGCUUUCGGGGCGUGGAAGGGCCAUUACGCUAGAGACUUCCGGCUGACGGCCAGUCAGAGGACGCUGAUGCUGCAGACAAUCGCCUUCAUGGUUUACCUGCUUAUCGGCGCUCUGAUAUUCUCAUACGUCGAAGGCUGGAUGUUCCUGGAUGCAGUGUUCUGGGCCAACUUUACCCUGCUCACAAUAGGUUUCGGCGGAGAGUUUGUGCCUAAAACGCAUACCGGUCGCUCACUGCUGAUUCCGUAUGCAAUUGGUGGCCUAGUCACCGUUGGUCUGGUCAUUGGUUCCAUCCGAUCCCUCAUCCUAGAACACGGAAAGCAAAAGAUGGCUGCUCGCUUCAUGGAGGUCAAGAGACAAAAGGUCCUCAAGUCUAUCGAUGGCGACACACAAACAAUCCGCAUUUCACUAUGGGAGAAGGUCGAGUUCUCCUCCAAAGGCUUAACAGAAGCCCAAAGACGAGAGCAGGAAUUCCACAUCAUGCGCCGGGUGCAAACACUAUCCGAGCGCAAGAGGCGAUACACCGCCUUAGCCCUAUCAACCACAGCAGCAAUGCUCCUCUGGUUCCUAGGCGCCCUAGUAUUCAUGUACUCCGAAAAGCCGCAAGGAUUCAGCUACUUCGUCGCCCUCUACUACGCCUACGUCUCGCUCCUGACAAUCGGGUACGGAGACUACGUCGUCGAAAGCAACGCAGGAAAAGCCUUCAUGGUCUUCUGGAGCCUCCUCGCCGUCCCCACACUAACCAUCCUCAUCUCGAACAUGGGCGACACAGUCAUCAAAGCCUUCAAAGACUUCACCAUCUGGCUCGGCUCGCUCACCGUCCUCCCAGACGAAGAAGGCCUCAGCGCCGCUCUCAAAGUGGGCUGGACGCGCAUCAAAUCCGGCAAGAUUGGCGAAGAAGAGAAGGAGAAAGCAAGCUCUGCCGGCUCCACUGAAAACCGCACAGAAGACAGACUAGCAGCCUACAUCGAAGAAGAAGAACUAGGCAAAGCAACAGAAGCCGACUCGCACGGCGACUACCUCGAACGCGACAUCCGCUUCUACCACUUCGUCCUCGCAAAAGAAGUCCGCAAGCUGAUGAAAGACGUCGAAAGCUCAGCGGCAAAACAAUACGAGUACCACGAGUGGCAGUACUACCUGCGGUUAAUCGGCCAGGACGAAAACGAUCCUUCGCACCACCGCCAGCCUAAAGCGAAUACGCCGCAUAAACAUGACGAUGGUGAAGCUCCUGAUAUCGGGUCUGCGGAUGACGGCAAGAAGCAUGCUUGGAGUUGGCUGGGGAUAAGGAGUCCGCUUAUGGGGAAUCAGUCUGAGCCGCAGUGGUUGUUGCAAAGGUUGGCGAUGAAGCUGGAAUCAGAGAUGCGCAGGAUGAGUUCGUCUGACGAGAAGGUGAGGAAGGCGAAACCACCUAUCUCCAUGGCGGAGUUGAGGAAGAGGAAGGGGAGUGGGAAAGUAUCGGAGGAGACGCAGACGAGGACGUUACAGGAGGAUGUCGAGGCUACGGCGCUUAGUCAAAGGGCUGUUAAGAGUGGUUGA